ACCACCUCAUUUAUUAAACAAAAACAAAUAUGUAGCAAAGAUAGUAUUAAAUAUUUUGAUUAGUGUUUGGAGAGGCUUAUGUCGUAAAAUGGGAGAACAACUUACUGAUGAAGAACUUCUGGACUGUAAGCGGGCGUUCGGGCUGUAUGAUCGUGACGGAGAUGGGUCCAUCAGCAGCCGGGAGCUUGGCGCCGUUAUGAGGGCCAUGGGGUACAGCCCCACCGACAACGAGAUCACGGACAUGCUCAACGAGGUUGACACCGAUGGUAUCGGAGAGAUAACAUUCCCAGACUUCACAUCCAUAAUGGCGAAGAAGCUGAAAGAAUAUGAGGGCGAGGAAUCGCUGAGGAUUGCCUUCCAGGUCUUCGACAAGGAGGGGAAUGGACAGGUUUCUGUUUCGGACUUUCGGUACAUAAUGGAGAAUAUUCGUGCUGCGGUCACAGAGCAGGAAAUUGAAGACAUGGUCAAAGACGCUGACCCAAACAAUACCGGAUUCUUAGCAUACAACGAAUUCAUCACAUGGCUCUCGGGAAAAUCCCCCUCCUCCUCAUGUCACCUCAUCCUCACCCCAUCCUCCUCAUGCUCCCUCCUCCUCGCACCCUCCUCCUCAUGUCUCCUCCUCCUCGCCACCCUUCUCAUCAUGCCCCCUCCUCAUCGCCCCUCUCCUCCUCAUGCCCCCUCCUUAUCCCGUCUCCCCAUUAUCCUUGUCUCCCCUUUUCCACGUCUCCUCCCUGUCUACCUCGUCCUCAUCGUCGUCGUUGCCGUCGAGUUUUGUUCGGACACACUGACAGAAGACCAAAUACAUGAGUUCCGCGAGGCGUUCAGCCUGUUUGACAAGGACGGAGAUGGCAUGAUCACCACACAGGAGUUGGGCAUAGUGAUGAAGUCCCUGGGUCAGAAGCCCACAGACAACGACCUCAAAGACAUGAUCAAUGAGGUGGACAUUGAUGGCAAUGGAACGAUUGACUUCGCAGAGUUUCUGACAAUGAUGGCUAAUAAGAUGAAGGACGGCGACCAGGAGGAGGAGCUACGAGAGGCCUUUAGGGUAUUCGACAAGGACGGCAACGGCCAAAUAUCAGCGGCGGAGUUACGUCACGUGAUGGCUAAUCUCGGGGAGAAACUCACGGACGAGGAGGUGGACGAGAUGAUAAAAGAGGCGGACAUGGACGGUGAUGGCCAGGUCAACUAUGAAGAGUUCGUGUACAUGAUGCAGUCAAAUAAAUGAGGGAACAUGUGAAAAUCUUCACUACCAUUCGGUUGGAGGAUUAAUGAUUUAAUUGAUUGGUGUGUUGUUAGACGUUGUUGUUAUGUCAUAUGUAUAAAAUACAUCUUAUCCAUGUGUAAAUAGGCAAAUGCCAAAUGUUUGCAAUGUAUAUGUUGAAUCAAUGUAUUUUUAUAACAUUAUUAUGUGAAUGUGUAUUUUAAGUAUGUAGUUCUAUUUUGAAAGUGUGAAUAUACAAAUAAAUUCCAUAUUUCAUAUUUAAA